UCAUUUGUUUUCAAUUCCUUAUUCCUUAGCCCGAAGUAACCCAAGCAUUGGGAAGCGCCAAGCCUUGAAAACAGCACGUUGUCUGUCCAAACAAAGGCCACACUAACUCACCGUCCUGAGAGCUUACUGCAUUGCGAUGAAAGAAAUCGGGUGAGCGAGAGGAGGAAUGUUGACGUGCGGCAGCAGGAAGAGAGAGAGAGAGAUUAAAAGGGAUGCUGAGAGAGGAGGAUGCGGUUGCCUGGAAACAGCAGAGUGGAAAGCUCCACAGUGGCCACCCCGUGAGUGCAUUUUAAAAAUAAACACACCAGAUGACAAAUAGAAGGAACGUGACCAAGAAGAGGAGAAGAGAGAAACGUUCUAUCCUGCAGGCGCUGAAUUCGAAAGAGGAGGCUUCUUUGAUUACAUAACCGGCAUAUGGAUGACAUCAUCAUCACAGGAUUAAUGGAGGCGUGGCUUUAGCUGAGGGGACGGUCCGCAGAGGUGAAAAGCACAGAAGGAUGAUGUUUUUCUGCUCUUUUUUGGGGGGGUUCCAAAAAGCAGCAAUGUCACUUGGGAUGGAUUUGACAACGCACUCUUCUUGUUCCUAAAAGGCUCGCUCGCUUCCGGAGGCUCUCUGCCGCCAGACGGGGGAUGCUCGGCCGUCUCUAAAGGCACAUCAUUGUCAUCGCAUCACACAAGGCGCUCGUCUCUUAUCUGAUUCCCAACGAAGCUUCCUCCGCCAUGGGGACAGCUGAGGCCACUUUACGCAUGGACAGCAUGGAGGUGAAGGACGAGUGGCAGGACGAGGACUUCCCCAGGCCUCUACCAGAAGAUGGCGAUUCCUCGUGCGGACUGAUGGACAACAGGACCACCAACCCCCCCAGUAGAUUGAAUGUGGGAGGGUCCGCCAGGGACCAGUCCAAGCGGCGCACACUGACCGCUCCCGACAUGAACCUGUCGCUGGAACACAGCGAGGGCUCGCUGCUCUCCGACGACCUGGACAUCAACGUGGAUGACAUGGAGACACCCGACGACACCGACUCGCUGGAUUUUGCCAAUAACGGCAAUGAGCUGGAGUGGGAAGACGACACCCCAGUGGCCAGCGCCAAGUGCCUCCCGGGCGAAGGCGAGGAGGAGAGGGACUCGUCGGGUCGCCUGUGGAGAACAGUCAUCAUCGGCGACCAGGAGCAGCGUAUCGACAUGCAGGUCAUCAGGCCGUACCUCAGGGUGGUCACGCACGGGGGCUAUUAUGGGGAAGGCCUGAAUGCCAUCAUCGUGUUUGCAGCCUGCUACCUCCCAGACAGCAGCUGUGAGGACUACUCAUACAUCAUGGAGAACCUCUUCUUGUACGUGGUGAGCAGCCUGGAGCUACUCGUGGCUGACGACUACAUGAUCAUCUACCUGAACGGAGCCACGCCACGUAGGAAGAUGCCCGGCAUUGGCUGGCUGAAGAGAUGCUACCAAAUGAUUGACAGGAAAUUGAGGAAGAAUCUGAAGUGUCUCAUCAUUGUUCACCCGACAUGGUUCAUCCGGACCAUCCUGGCCAUCUCCAGACCUUUCAUCAGUGUGAAGUUCCUGGAUAAGAUCCGCUACGUGCACACGCUGGACGAGCUGAGCGUGCUUAUCCCCAUGGAGCACGUGCAGGUUCCCGAGUGCGUGCUGCAGUACGAUGACGAAAAGAUAAAAGCCAGACUGGAGCAAGACCGGCAGAUUGCCAACUCGCCGCCGCCCAAAGAAAGGCCGAAGCCAAUCAUGGCCGAGAUGGGCCGCGACGUCUGACAUUCAAAGCUCUUUGGAUGGUGAAGAUCAGACGGCCUGACUGGAUGCAAAAUGUGCAAGAACAUCAUUUGUCAUUCCCAUCCCAUCAAGAACGUGAUGGACAAGCUUCACACAAGCUCGUACUGAAAAAGCUUUACUCUCUUCGUUUGCAUGAAGGGAAAGUCUGUACGUAUACAUCUAUUUAUUAUUAUUAUUUUUUUUAACGAAAAAAAACAUGUCUUACCUAUUUUGUUAUUAUGAACGCCAUGUGGUUGAUUCAUGUGCAAUGAUGUCGUUUUGGGACCCACUGUGGACGAUGCAGAGGUGGCAGCCUUGUAGAUAUCCGUUUUCUGUCAUGACUGCAUCAUUUUUGCCGGAUGAAAAUGGUCAACGGAGAUGAUAAAAGUGUUACUUAUAAAAAUGUGACAUGUUGUUUGUGAUAUUUAAAAAAAGGGAACUAGUGGAAGAAUAAACAAUCUUGUCUUGCUGCAGGUGAACAUU